AAGCACCUUAGGUCGGCAGGUACCUCAAUACGACACUGGUGCACUGGUCAUUAGUAUGGACUUUAGCGGCUUGCGCGUAGUUUAACGGCCCAUGGCUUGGUUCAUGUGUAGAAUGCGUCCAGUCAAUCUGAAGGAAAAAAAAACAGUUGCAGCAGUUUUAAUAUGGGUAAUAUCUUUUGAACUGCUAGAAACAAGCCAUUUUCUCUGUAGUAAUGGUAAAAACAUAACGGUCACGAAUCUGCGCUCAAUUAAUUAUCUGUGGCACUAAGAGGUGUAUCUAAAAGCUUGUCAUCACAACGAUUAUCAUCGUCUUCUUUUUUUUCGAGGUCUCACAGCGAGAUGUUUACGAGCAAUUUAGAGCCGACUGAAAUGGCUUGUGUCGACUUGCGCUAGCUAUCUCAAACGUUAGCCAUCUAGCUAGGUUAGCUAAGAAAACAUGCAGUAAUUCAACGUUGGCUAGCAAUAAAGAGACUUAUAAAACAAGUCAAGGUUCCGAACCGCCAGCUGCUGAAAAUAUGCUUCCACUUCACAGCCGUUUCAAGAAGAUAUUUACAAAAAUAGUCUGAGCUUCAUGUGUCACCUAACAGCAUGAGGUUGGCGCCUGAAACUGAUCAUUUGAAUCUACAGUAGGCAUAAGCUGUUACUGUAACAAAUUAUGUGUUAGAGUAAUUUUUACAGGAUUCUUAGUUAAUAACAGUAUUUUCCAGCAUUGUUCCCAUAAUACAGUGCUAUCUACAGCAUUAAUGCUGUAAAACAACAUGUACAGCAUUUUACUGUGCAUUUUACAGUGUUUUACUGUUGAGAUUACAGAACAGUCUUACAGUGCAGGUAUCCACACACAAACACGCAUGUUUCCCUCGUACAGCGUCGAAGCACGGAUGCAUAGUAGAAUUAUUAGAUUGCAUGUUAUUCCCUAAGUGAGUCAAUAAAUCCUCCCUCUAAUUCUACUUUAUGCAAAGCCUAGCAGACUGUGUGUGUUUAACUCUCAUAGUGAGGGAAAGACAUUCUCUUCCCUUGGUUGUAAAAAGUUAAAAUGACUGCCAAAUAUAAACAGUAUAUAUCAAGCUAGGCAUACUUUCAGUUUGAGAUUUUUUAAAUUAAAAAUGUUAUUUAACUAGGCAAGUCAGUUAAGAACAAAUUCUUAUUUGCAAAUGAUGGCCUACCGGGAAACAGUGGGUUAACUGCCUUGUUCAGAGUACAGAACGAUAGAUUUUUACCUUGCUAUCUGCCUAGUGGUUAGAUGACAAACCAUCCACAAAUUACGCAGGAUUUUGACAGCAAAAUUGUAUCACCUAUCUUGUUAUUAGGGAUCAGUCUUGGAAAUUCUCUGUUUUGAGUAUACAGGGUUGGGAAAGGCUUUUGGAAUUCCAUUUUGAAAACCUCUUUUGUAAGCAUUUACGUUCCGUCAAUGUUUGUUAUGGGCUGCAAAUUGCACCCUAACUCCCUGGUCAAAAGGAGUGAACUAUGUAGGGGAUAGGGCACCAUUUGGGACACACUCUUUGCCUCCCUAUGUUGACCAUUGCUCGUGUUGAUCCCAUGUGAUCCAUGAACUUAUUUACAAUAAUCAUAAUCCAGUGUAAACUAGGCUUUAAUGGGACUGAAUAACGGUAUGGCUCAAAUGGUACCCUAUUCCCUAUAUAGUGCAAUUCUUUAUUUUGUUUUCCAAGGCCCAUAGGGCUCCAGUCAAAAGUGGUGAACCGCAUAGGGAAUAGGGUGCCAUUUGAGACACAUGCUAAGUAAGUUGUGUUCCCCCGGCAAGGGCCUCAUGACCACAAUAGCCUACACGCACAAACCUCUCAAACCAAACAUUGAGCCAUUCACAAUGCUCAUAUGCUUAUGAAUGCUGGUCCUUUUGUUAGGAUACAUUCUCACAAAUGAGCCAUUGUCCACUUAACCAUUUUUCAUCUAGAAAGCCUUUUGUCUUUAAAAAAAAUACUGGAAGCGAAAAAUGCCAUCCUGACUGCUGGACGUCUCCGAUCUCACUGAGGAAUGAAACUGUCCUCAUGGGGUUUACGACUGUGAUAGGAUUCUCUGGAAGAUAGACUCAUGCACACAGAGUCUACCUGUGCGGAGACACUUCUGUCCAGGGACUGGCAAGACAGGAGGGACAGACUGAAUGCCAGCGAGGUCCUAGGAGAGGUCAAAGGUACCCCAGAGAGUUUGGAGGAGAAGGAGCGUCAGCUUUCGACCAUGAUUGGCCAGCUCAUCAGCCUGCGGGAGCAGCUCCUGGCGGCCCACGACGAGCAGAAGAAGAUGGCCGUCUCACAGAUGGAGAAGCAGAGGCAGCAAAUGGAGCUGGCCCGUCAGCAGCAGGACCAGAUUACGACGCAGCAGCAGCAGCUCCUGCAGCAGCAGCAUAAGAUCAACGUUCUCCAGCAGCAGAUACACGUGCAGGGUCACAUGCCUCCUCUGAUGAUCCCAGUGUUUCCUCACGACCAGCGAUCUAUGGCGGCUGCUGCCGCACAGCAGGGCUUCCUCUUCCCACCGAACAUGUCCUACAAGCCAGGUGAUAACUACCCCAUGCAGUUCAUUCCAUCCACAAUGGCAGCUGCAGCCGCUUCAGGACUGAGCCCGCUCCAUCAGCAGCUGUACGCUGCCCAGCUGGCCAGCAUGCAGAUCUCGCCCGGAGCCAAAAUGGCCUCCCUGCCACAGCCUCAAAACUCCUCAGGCCCCCUCUCGCCCUCUGCCUUGAAGAGUAAGAAGAGAGCAUCGAGUCCUGUCACUCACAUUAAGGAGGAAGGAUCGACACAGCCCCUGAAUCUCUCAGCCCGACCCAAGACUGGCGAGCCCCACCACUCCCCAUCCUCGCCGUCACACAGCCUGUAUCCUGGCAACAAGAGCAGGCCCAUCAGCGUGGGGAAGAGGCGCAUCCCCAGCCCCCUCUCCAACAUGGGCAGGGGCUCACUUGACAUCCUGUCUAGCCUGAACCCCACGCCACUGUUUGGGGACCAGGAUGCGGUGAUGAGCGCCAUCCAGGAGGCGAGGAAGAUGAGGGAGCAGAUCCAGAGAGAACAGCUUCAUCACCAGCAGCAAAGCCUGGAGGCCAAGCUCACGGCCCUGAGCGGCAUGAGUUUCAGCAAUGGCAGCAAGGAGCGGAUGCACUUUGAGAGUUUGAGUCAGCACCUGGGCAACCUGGGAGAGGAUGAUGGAAAGACGGGCCACAGGGUCAUUGACCUCACCAGACAUGAGGAUGUUGAUGGUGUCUCCUGCACUACAGAGGCCCGGGUCUUCAGGGAGACCAGGGGCAGGAACAGUACUGAGCCCCACAUUAAGAGACCCAUGAAUGCCUUCAUGGUGUGGGCCAAGGACGAGAGGAGGAAGAUCCUGCAGACCUUCCCCGACAUGCACAAUUCCAACAUCAGCAAGAUCCUGGGCUCUCGCUGGAAGUCCAUGACCAACCAGGAGAAGCAGCCAUACUAUGAGGAACAGGCUCAUCUCAGUAAGAUCCAUCUGGAGAAGUACCCCAACUACAAGUACAAGCCCCGGCCCAAGAGGACCUGCAUCAUCGACGGCAAGAAGCUACGCAUCGGGGAGUACAAGCAGAUGAUGCGCUCGCGGCGUCAAGAGAUGAGGCAGUUCUUCAGUGUGGGGCCACAGCCUCAGAUCCCCAUCAGCAACAGUGCCGGCGGCCUCUACCCGGCUGCCAUAGCGACAGCCACGCCCUCACCGCACCUGACGUCGGACUGCUCCAGCGCCUCGGCCAGCCCCGAGCCCGCCAUCCCAGCCACCCAGAGCACGUUCGGCGUGGUCAAGCCCAAGCCGGUCGCCAUGGUGACCGGCGAUCACCCGGUCAUCGGAGAGGACGAGAUAGACAUGUAUGAAGACUUUGAGGACAAAUCGGACUACAGCAGUGGCCAUGAGACACGGGAGCCUGUCGGCGCCAACUGAGCAUGCUCAGAAGAACCUCUGAUUUUUUUGAACUUUUUUUUUUAAAGCGGGACAAUAUGACAGAGACAGAGUUCUGAGCAGAACAACUUUUCAACAGUACGACGGGAGCUGAGCAUGUGCUCGAAGCAGCUCCGUCCGGGAUACGAUGCACCACAGACUGAGCAUGCUCAGAUUGACUCUCGACAGGAAGUGACAUAAACUAAACAUGCUCAGAUCUCACAGAGCAUGUUGCUCAAAAAAAUACAUUUUUAGACGAGAGUGCUCCUUUUUAGCAUGCGCAAACGUCUCGGAAACGAUCCCAUACAGAGGGCUUGGGCAAAGACAACCUCCAGGCAACCUCCAGACAAUCUACCAGAAAGACAGUGAACAUACUCACACGGCAAUUACACAAUGCAACACGGACAAGAGCAAGUAAGAGUCAGUAAGAGGUCGAUGAGAAGAGAAUGAGAUUAAAGAACAAAGAGAUAGCCUACACAUUUCCCGCGUGUGUAUUGUUUUUAUAGGAGCGUGGAUUUGAUUAAAACAUCAGGAAUUGGUCUUUGACAGCGUCAGUCUUAAAUGUUUAUUUGAAGUGUGAUGACGUUUUUUUUUGUGUUUUUAAAUUUGAUUUCCAUGGACAUGUUCCUUGAUAGGUUACUUGCCUGUAAAACCUUGGAUUGUCAGGACUUGAAAAUGUGAAAGGUCAUGUAAAGUCCUUAGCUCUUGUAGUUUGGACAUGAUUAUUUCUCAUGAGUACAGUACCCCUACACCUUUCUCGACAAAUGCUUACAAUAUGUUACAUUACUGUUUAUGAUGGGGUUUUAUAUCCUUGCUCAGGUAUGCUGUGCCAGCUUGUGAAUGUGUUUUUGAUUUCAUAUGAGAGAAUGAUAGGACUUUUCAGACUGACAACGAAACAGGGGAGGAAAAAAUCCCUUUUAUUAUUAUUAAUAUUAUUAUCAUAUUGUUAAUUUUUUUUUAGAUAUUGUACAGUUUUUCUUGAAAUGUGCCAAACCUACAUUCACAUCCUCUAAAAUAUUAUAGUCUUAAUUUUGAUGCUGCAAAAUGUCUUAUACAAUCAUUUUUUAAAUUUCUGAUGUGUCCAUAUUAGGAAGAAUCUCCCCGACCCCACCCCGGACCAUGGGUAGGCCCAGCGCUCUAGGACACCUUGUGGUGCGCUACAGGGUCAUGUUGAUUAGGUACCAAAUGAAAGACAACCAACAUUUGAAGCAUUUUCCCUUUGUAUAACCCAGUAAACAACCCAGUAAACAACCCAGUAAAAAAACAGCACUCAUCGCCAAACGCAAUGCCUCAGGAUUCCUCCAGAUACUGAUAUCUGUCAUCUCUGGCACCACCUCAAUGACACAGACCAGUAGAGAGAUUCAUCACAGAGAGUAUCAAUAUGGGGAUGUUUAGCCCCAAGUACCUUCCCCCCUCUCUUUUCUUAGACCACAUCUUCUACGCGAUGUUAAAGGGGUCGUUCAUGAUUUUACAACGAAGGUUUGUAUUGGCUGUUUAUAGAAAACCUUAACCAUGAUUUACAUGUUUACUCUGGCCCAUAGACUAUAUUCAAGGUGAGGAACCAUCUAACAUCAAGUUGUAAAAUCCUGAAUGUCCACUUUAAUUCACCCAUAAUGCAUAGAGGCCAAACAUGAUCAAAUGAGUUGUUUUGGUGUUACAGUACAUUGACUUUCAGCUUGAGUGGCUUUUUAGGUUGGAUCUUUUUUGAUCUGGCUCAAGUUUGUGUGUAGAGUUUGUGAGUAUAACAUGUGUUAUACAGACUCAACAAAUGUUGUUAAUGACACAGUAUAUCUUAAUAGGCACAAUAAGUCUUAAAGUUAGACUCUUAGUUCUAUGGUCAUUCCGAAUGACAGGAAAACGCAGAGGAGCGGUCCAGACAGUCAUUUCGAUAGUAGGGACAGCAUAUAUUUAGGGCUUUAAAAUGUACAUUUUCUUUACUGCGUUAUACCGAGGUACAGAAGAUCAGAUUUUGUUUCUGUGAAUUGAUCAGUUUACAAUUAUGUUGACGUCAGAGGUGGUUUUCAAAAUACAGACCAAUGUUUUUUUUGUCAAAUUGGUACUUUGUCGGAAAAAAAAACGUGGGUCAAUAUAACCUCGAGCAUUUCAAAAGGUACAUGUAUAUUUUGAAACGGAUAUUUAAAGUCAAUUUAAAACGUACCCAUAAAAGUCCUAUUUUCAUAAUCCUCCACUUUGCAAAUAUGUCUACUUUUACAGGCUCUAUUUUAGGGUUUGUGUUACUCUGUUUGCUGGUUGAUUGGUAUGUGAUUUCUAACUCUUUAUGACCAUGUCGAACAACAUUUUUGCAGGUAGGUAGAAGAAAAAAAACUUUUAUUUUAUUUUUUUGGACUGAAGUUUGAUUGAACUUGCAUUACCACAAAAAGGAGAAUUAUACUGCUUGCCUCGUGCGUAGACAUUGUUCCCAGUGUUCUAAGCAUCACACGCACUGGAUAUUAAUGUUCUCUUCUCAGUACUGCCUAAUGUGAAGUUGUCGUAAAAAAAAACGACUAAAUUCUGACAAACGAAAAAAGUCACCUGUUUUGACUUGAGAGGAAAACCUCACAUUUCCAGUUUAGUAGCAUUUAAAAAAAAUAUUUAUGCAGAAGUCAUUGUUUUAACUCCAGUGCUGCCUGAGGUGCUUUUGCCCUUUGACACAAGUCCAAAGGUCACUCAGACCACCGGUCUGUUUCGACCUACAGAACAGACGUCAUUUCAUUUUUCCUGGUCACACACAUUUUGUGUUGAGUAUUGUAUUUGAAAUUAAAUUGUGCUUUUUAACA